UCGCCGAUUAAUGUCCUACGCAGAGUUGUGGCGCUUGCGCGUUGGACUGGAAGUGUUUAUCGGACAAGCAGAUGCUUACUUCUUGGUGUGUGUCCCCCCGAGCCACCUCCAGACGCACCUUCCAUGGUCUACGGAUGACUUCCAAGGGAAAGAAGCGUGUGGUUCUACCAACCCGCCCUGAGCCUCCAACUGCAGCCCAAAUCCAGGAAGACAUUGAAAAGACAUCUCCAAAUGAUCCUGUCUUCACAAUGCUCAAGGACACCACUGAAGAGAUGCCCUUCACUACUUCUACCCCAAAUAUGGACAGUGAGCUGGAAAGGAAAUACCAACAAAGCCGGCGAUACUACGACUUAAAUGAAAAGCUGCUGCAGAUGCGAGGAGAAGUGGCCGCCAAAAGGCAGGAGCUUCAAGAAACAGGCAGGCGGCUGGAGGAGAGCACAGUUGACAUCAAGGGGAAGUCACUCUGAGGAAUCUUUACAAAGAUCGGUAAUUUAGGAUUUGCACUUUUGUCGCUGUGCUGGUCCCUUAAUGGUGACGGUAUUAUCAUCCCGUGGAAAGACGUUAAUGGAGGUGGCAGGGCCAAGCCGAGCAUGAUAUUGAAAUAUUUAAAAAAAAAAUUUUUUUGGCCUUCCUGGGCCACAAAACCAAAAUUCCACCUCUUAACAUUGUGGACUGAAAAGGAAAGACGUCAGUCCACGAUGACAUAUACAUUCAUGAAGUACAUGUCGCUUUACACGUCUACAGAAAUGGCUUGGCUGCAGUUAAUCAAUGGGGCUUUAUUUUCUAAAACUAUAUUUGUUUUCAGACUUGACGCUUACAGAAGCAGGCAUACGCAUCUGAGGAAUACAAAGAAUUGUCCUUUGUUCACAAAUAAAACAGCACAGGAUCUCCUGACGUCACUUUUGCUCAAUCUGUCUUGUUUUCAUUUUUUUUUCUCUUUGUCUGUCUCAGGGUUUCAGGAGAGCGUAAGGCGGUCGUUUUUUGCCUGGCACCUUUGUAGUUUAGUGUUGCAAGCUCAUCUAGGGGCAAAUUAAAAAUGAACCGUGAACUGCACAUCGUAAGAUGGCAACCCUGCCUGCUCUAACGCUCGUCAUGUGGCCAAUAGCGUUAAGAUGGCCACUCACUAACAAAGCCAGCUAAGCUCUCUGUUGGUGAAAUAAGCUUUUUCCAAGUGAUCUUAGAAUUUCCUUCGUGUCCAUCAUAUCAUUUGCGUCAUAGUUUCUGUCAAAUGUGAUUCUUUCUCUUUUCAUUGUUGUACUUUUUUUAAAGACACUCCAUUACUGAUGAUGUUGAGCACAUAAAAGCACCACGCUCUUGUGAUGUCUUUGUAAAGUGCGAGUUUUGAUUUCAGGGUCGUUCUGAACACAAAUACCAAGACCUGAAUCAAGGCUUUUACCAGCGUUUCUCAACCUUUAAGUAUUUGCGACCCGAGUUUUCAUAACAGUUUUAAUCGCGCCCCGCUAACGUUUUUUUUGAAAGGAGCCCACUAAUACCAAUUUCUUCUUUUUUAAUUAAUGAUAUAUCAUAGAUGCAUAUUUUAUUAUACAGUGGGUACGGAAAGUAUUCAGACCCCCUUCAAUUUUUCACUCUUUGUUAUAUUGCAGCCAUUUGCUAAAAUCAUUUAAAUUAAUUUUUCCCUCAUUAAUGUACACUCAGCACCCCAUAUUGACAGACAAAAAAAAAGAAUUUUUGAAAUUG